AUUGCGACUGAUCCCAUCCAGGACGCAUCCAAUGUAUAAAUGUUGCUGAUGUCCAGUGGAACUUCUGUCUUAUUUUUCAAAAAGUUGAUACAUAUCAAUUCCUGAGGAUUAUUGCUGGAUCUUUGUUAUUUGUGUGUAUUUUUUUCUUCUUCUACUUUUAAUCGACUUUUUGGGUAAACAGGCAGUGAAGUUGUCUGAUCAUGAAGCUGACGGGGAUAUUUUUGUUAUUGAUGCUUUGGACCUGUGAGGGUGCCAGAAUAGCAGAGAGCGGAGAUGACAAUAGCGUGUACGACUUGUUCGAGCUGGUCCAAGUCCCCAAGAAGAACCACGGAGUGAACCAGGUGAAAGGAGACGACCCGUACAGCCCCGCCUACAAGAUCCUCAACCCGGACCUGAUCCCCCCGGUCCCCGAGCGCGCCCUCCGGGACCUGAUCGACUCCAUCCACGCCGAGCGGGGCUUCCUCCUGCUGCUCAACUUCAAGCAAGCCAAGCGCACCCGCGGCAGCCUCCUGACCGUGGAGAAGAAGGACGGUUCCGGUCCGGUGUUUGAGAUCGUCUCCAACGGGAAGGCGAACACUUUGGACAUCGUUUUCUCCACCGAGAAGAAGCAGCAUUUGGUCUCCAUCGAAGACGCGGACCUCGCAACGGGCCACUGGAAGAACAUCACGCUGUUCGUGCAGGAGGACCGGGCCCAGCUGUACGCGGGCUGCGAUGAGGUCAACAACGCCGAGCUGGACGCGCCGAUCCGGAGCAUCCUGACCCAGCAGACGCCUGCAAGUGCGCAGCUCAGGAUCGGGAAAGGAGCCGUUAAGGACAGGUUCAUGGGGAUUCUUCAAAACGUGCGCUUUGUUUUUGGAACAAGCUUGGACGCCAUCCUCCGCAACAAGGGAUGUCAGAGCUCGGCAGAUUCGAUGAUCGUGGAGAAUCUUAAUGGCUCCUCAGCCAUCAGGACGGAGUACACGGGUCAUAAAACUAAAGAUCUGCAGAUGGUCUGUGGCUUCUCGUGUGAUGACCUGGUCAGCAUGUUCAAGGAGCUAAAGAGUCUCGGUGUGGUGGUCAAGGAGCUGUCCAUUGAACUGCGCAAACUGACGAAUGAGAACAAGCUGAUUAAGACGCGCAUCGGCUUCCACAGUGGCGUCUGCAUCCACAAUGGUAUCGUACACAAGAACAAAGACGACUGGACCGUCGAUGACUGCACUGAGUGCACUUGUCAGAACUCUGCAACGGUGUGUCGCAAGAUCUCCUGUCCCCUGAUUCCUUGUGCUAACGCUACUGUACCUGAUGGAGAGUGUUGCCCACGCUGUGGAACACCGAGUGACUAUGCAGAGGAUGGAUGGUCGCCAUGGUCUGAAUGGACCCAUUGUUCCGUGUCAUGUGGGAGGGGCAUCCAGCAGCGCGGACGGUCUUGCGACCGUAUCAAUAACAACUGCGAGGGCACCUCUGUGCAGACCCGGGACUGCUACCUCCAAGAGUGUGACAAGCGCUUCAAGCAGGAUGGCAGCUGGAGCCAUUGGUCACCGUGGUCCUCAUGUUCAGUUACCUGCGGGGCUGGUGUCAUCACCCGAAUCCGUCUCUGCAAUUCCCCAACCCCCCAGCUUGGAGGCAAGGACUGUGUGGGAGAGGGUCGCCAAACGGAAAAGUGUCAAAAGACUCCAUGCCCCAUCAAUGGCAACUGGGGACCCUGGUCACCCUGGGAUACAUGCACUGUUACAUGUGGAGGCGGUUUACAAACUCGUAAACGCCUGUGCAAUGACCCUGCGCCCAAAUAUAAUGGUAAAGAGUGUGUCGGUGAUGGCAAAGAAACGCAGACGUGCAACAAGAAAACGUGUCCUAUUGAUGGAUGCCUAUCAAACCCUUGUUUCGCUGGGGCCAAGUGCACCAGUUUUCCUGACGGUUCCUGGAAGUGUGGAAAAUGUCCAGUGGGGUAUACUGGCAAUGGUGUCAAAUGUAAAGACCUUGAUGAGUGCAAAGAGGUCCCAGAUGCUUGCUUUGAGUUUAAUGGUGUACACCGCUGUGAGAACACCGAUCCCGGCUACAACUGUCUUCCCUGCCCGCCUCGUUACUCAGGACCUCAACCGUUUGGUAAAGGUGUGGAGCAGGCCGCUGCUACUAAACAGGUGUGCUCACCCCGAAAUCCUUGCCUGGAUGGAAGCCACAACUGCAAUAAACACGCACGCUGUAACUACCUUGGGCAUUUCUCGGAUCCCAUGUUCCGAUGUGAGUGUAAACCAGGCUACGCUGGCAAUGGACACAUCUGUGGAGAGGACACUGAUCUGGAUGGUUGGCCCAAUGCUGACUUGGUUUGUGUGGAGAAUGCCACCUACCACUGCAAAAAGGACAACUGUCCCAACCUCCCCAACUCUGGACAGGAAGAUUAUGACAAGGACGGCAUUGGAGAUGCUUGUGACAUCGAUGAUGACAACGAUGGCAUUCCUGAUGACAGGGACAACUGUCCGUUCAUCUUCAACCCCAGGCAGUAUGACUAUGAUCGCGAUGAUGUGGGUGACCGCUGUGACAACUGCCCUUAUAAUAGCAACCCUGACCAAACAGACACAGACAACAAUGGAGAGGGAGAUGCCUGCGCAGUGGACAUAGAUGGAGAUGGCAUACUCAAUGAAAAGGACAACUGUCCCUAUGUUUACAAUGUGGACCAGAGAGACACCGAUUUGGAUGGGGUGGGAGACAUGUGCGAUAACUGCCCUCUGGAACAUAAUCCUGAUCAGGUGGAUUCAGAUGAUGACCGUGUGGGAGACAAGUGUGACAGCAACCAGGACAUUGAUGAGGAUGGACACCAGAACAAUCUGGACAAUUGCCCGUACAUCCCCAAUGCCAAUCAGGCAGAUCACGACAAGGACGGCAAAGGAGAUGCAUGUGACCAUGAUGACGACAAUGAUGGCAUCCCAGAUGACAAGGACAAUUGCAGACUCGCACAUAAUCCUGACCAGGUUGACUCUGAUGGUGAUGGCCGUGGAGAUGCUUGCAAAGAUGACUUUGACCAAGACAAUGUGCCCGACAUCUACGAUGUGUGUCCAGAGAACUUUGACAUUAGCGAGACAGACUUCCGCAAGUUCCAGAUGGUUCCUUUGGAUCCUAAAGGCACCUCCCAGAUUGAUCCAAAUUGGGUGGUUCGUCAUCAGGGUAAAGAGCUUGUUCAAACCGUCAACUGUGACCCUGGAAUUGCUGUUGGAUACCAUGAGUUCAAUUCCGUGGACUUCAGUGGGACCUUUUUCAUCAACACCGAGAGGGACGAUGACUAUGCCGGCUUUGUGUUUGGUUACCAGUCAAGCUCCAGGUUCUAUGUGGUGAUGUGGAAGCAGAUCACUCAGACCUACUGGUCCAACAAACCCACAAAAGCUCAGGGCUACUCUGGCCUGUCAAUCAAAGUGGUCAAUUCCACCACUGGUCCGGGAGAGCACCUCAGGAAUGCCCUGUGGCAUACCGGAAAUACUGCAGGACAGGUCCGCACUCUGUGGCAUGACCCUAAGAAUAUUGGCUGGAAAGAUUACACAGCCUACAGAUGGCAUCUGAUCCACAGACCAAGAACAGGGCUUAUCAGAGUUGUGAUGUACGAAGGAAAGAAGAUCAUGGCAGAUUCUGGUAGCAUCUAUGACAAGACAUAUGCAGGAGGCAGGCUAGGUCUCUUUGUCUUCUCCCAGGAGAUGGUUUACUUCUCAGACCUCAAGUAUGAGUGCAGAGAUGCCUAAAUGCACAGUGCUGGAUGUUCUGAGGAAUGCACCUUUUAGUAGUAUGAACUUUUUUUUAAUCCUCUUCUAAUGUCCAGGGACUGAUUUAUCUCCGAAACUCUUUCUUGUGUAGUGCGCACACUCGUGGAGGGUGAAGGGCAUGUGGGCGGCCUCGGGGUUUGAGCCUUGCACUAAAUGUCCGUGUGCCGUUUGAGGAUCAGAGAGUCCCUUCUCCUCCACCCUUCCGCAAGAGUGGGGAAAGCUGGAGAGAAAAAGGAAAAUAUUCCCUCCCUCCCACCUUUGCCUGUAGGACACCAGCACCUUUCUGUCCCAGCUCUCCUUGCUUUCUUACUCUCUGAAAGACCUCAUUCAUCUCUGUGCGGGCAGGGCUCCCCAUGGACAACUAUGCACUUCCAAACUUUUUACAUCCUCUCUCUCAGCUUUGCCUCUUCAGCCUGCGUGCCUUUCUAGCUCACCUUCCACACCUUACUACCCUCCGGAUGGACAUCCCAAAGAAAAAGACUGAGUAAAUAUUCCAUUUACUCUACCAGGUUGCACAUUCUGAAAGAUACAAUUCUUGAGGACUCAAACAAUGAUGGCAGCAGUAACAUUUUAGGAAUCUUUGUUGUUGAGGACGUAUGACUGAAGAAAAUUGUAUAGUGUUAGAAUUAAGGCAAACAUAAUCUUAUGGAUGUUUGUGUUCAUUCUUGUGUGUGGAAGACUGGCCAUGGAUGGAAAAUGAAAGCAAUUGUAUUCACCUACCGAAGACUCCAUGAAGAAAAAGCCCAAGGAAAGGAGAAACACUAUCCAAAAGUCAAUGUAGCUCAAUAUGCAAAAUGGAACUGUGUUAGUCUUAAUGUUAACUGUGUUAAUCUUUGUCCUGAAUUGGUUAACAACUCUCAGGUAAAAUGAGCGUCUUGUAAAAAUUCCCUCCACCAUGCCAGAUCCAAACAUUGGUCAAUGACAAGACUUGUUACCCUCAUCGUUUGAGGUUUGAAUUAGGUAUUAUGUGAAUGCAUGUAAUUUAUUGACUCUUGUCUACAAUGUAGGCAGUAAAAAAAAAAAAAAAAUUAAAAAACACAUUUGGAUACUUUCAAAAAGUACAAAAUCUAUCUGAUAAAACUGAAAAGUUGACAAAAUUAUGAGUACUGUAAUCAGGUUUCAGAAACUGGAUGUGUUGCUCUUAUCAAGUCCCCACUCACAAUUCACAAACAAUUUUGUGUUGGUUUUGAUAACAUAGGGCUACCUAGCAUGAAGUGUUUGUGACUUGUGUCCUUUUGGAAAGAAAUGCAAAACUAAUAAUUAAAUGAUGUACAAACAUUACCUCAUUGCUGUUGAUCAACACAAACACACAUGCAUUUCAUUUUCAAUUGAAAGGAUCAUAGUAUUAGUGUAGCAUGGGUUGUGAAAUAAAAAGAUGUUUCAUUUAAAUACAACCAACUCCCAAAACCACCCUCGUGACAAUGACAGUAAAAUGGGAGCUUUUGUUGAUUAUUAUUAUUAAAGGAUAAUUUUGCUUUA